CUUCUUUUCGCCCAAUUGGGUUCUUCACCUCAAAGUUCUGGACACGAUGGAAAGUCUUGAAUUCGGAUGGUUGGGGGAGGGUACUUCAUGUACGAAUCUGCAGUGUCCAUUCGUUUCUUCGUGCUCGCACAGCCUAUUUGACGUCAUCUAUCAAAGUCCGAUAAGUAGAUGAGUACGUACGGAGUAGAUGGUUCUCCCAUCAACGGAAAAGCCCAGACUCUCUCCAUUUUGAAAGCCACCCGGAUGCUCCAUCCGGUCUUCCCAUCCUAUCCGCAUUUUCGCUCAUGGUGCUCCCGUUUUGGCGGCGUGGCAUGGGGCCCAGUUGCCGGGCCGCUUUGACCGGACAAAAGUCAAUCCAACUAUCUGUAUCUGUACUCUGCGACUAGUGAAUUUUGGAAAUGAAUGCUUUGACGAUCGUGACAGCUUAGUUUCGAUCUUCUUGCUGGCUGUUGAAAUGACAUGUUUUGAUUUCGUCAGCGGCUUGAGCGCAUUGUCGUUUACUUGAUCGCCAGGCUAAAUAUCUAUCCUCUAAUACACCAUCAGUCACAUCAUCAAGUCACGGCAUGGAAAAUCAUCUGAGAGGUACAAACUCCCGGUCUAUGAUUGCAAACUACAAAGCGACUAUUAUACAACCCUCUGGCGGGC